GUUUGGGAUCCGCCAUAAACCAGAGAAGAAGAAGCACUACUUCUUCACUUUUUCCAUAACUGGCUACGCGGGAGAAUAAGCGCCGCCCUAUAGGAGGCUGUAGUGAGUCUUAGUGCUGGAUACUAACACCCCGCAGCACAACAAACCAUAGAGGAAGAGAAGGAAGCUCCUCAUUCAUCGAGCUGUCUCUGCCUUCACUCUUUCAUUAAUGCUUCCUCGAGCAGUUUGGUUGAAUUAAAUCAACGGUUAUAAAUACAUAUGCAACUGAUUAUAUAUCUGUCAUCAUGUUUAGGUAAUUUAACGCCGAACUGCUUUGCACGGUCACUUGAGUUACGUCGUGGCUAACCGGUGAGGCUAACUUAGCUAGCUAGCGAGCUAGGUAGCGAGCUAGCUAGGCCGUGUGUCGAUUGAGCCAACCGGCGAGGCUUACCGGAUCCACGCUCUUUACCGGCGAGGCUCCUCCGAAGACGAGCGACAUACUCUGCAUUUCGUUCUUCGGGGUUUCACAGAUUCAAAAGUGCCUGAGAAAAGAUGGAGGCUCCUCCUGUCACCGUGAUGCCGGUCACCGGCGGCACGAUCAAUAUGAUGGAAUACCUGCUGCAAGGCAGUGUGUUAGAUCAGGCCCUGGAAAGCCUCUUACAUCGCCUCCGAGGUCUGUGUGACAACAUGGAACCGGAGACCUUCACCGACCAUGAACUGGUUUAUCUUCUGAAAGGCCAACAAGGCAACCCUUUCAUCCUGCGUGCCCGACGCUCCCUCUCCCACCCCAAAUCUCCAUGGCACCUGCGCUACCUGGGCCAACCUGAAGUGGGAGACAAGAGCCGCCAUGCCUUAGUGCGCAACUGUGUCGACGUAGCUGCCUCUCACAGCCUGCCAGAGUUUCUUAAUGAGAUGGGCUUCCGCAUGGACCACGAGUUUGUGGCGAAUGGACACAUAUUCCGAAAAGGCGCCAUGAAAGUCGUGGUGAGCAAGCUCUCACGCAUCCUGGUACCGGGGAACACGGAGAAUACCGAGCGUCUGUCACUUUCAUACUUGGUGGAGCUGAGCGUGUCGGCUCCCGCCGGACAGGACACUGUCUCAGAGGACAUGCGCAGCUUUGCUGAGCAACUCAAACCUCUGGUUCACUUGGAGAAGAUCGACCCGAGCAAACAGAGACAUUAACUCGGAUAAUUAACGAGGUUGACUCGUACUUCUGCUGUGGACUACUUCUCUUGUUUUUGUACAUCAAUUUUCACUUGUGACCUUAAAAUGAAAUACAGUGCAUCUUUGACUGAACAGUAAAAA